ACCGCAAACACGGCCAGCAAAAUCAUGUCAGCAAAACAAACGAGCAGUUGCCUAUGGUUGGGUUUGGUCCUGGUCGCGAUGCUCUUGCCGCUUUCCGAGGGCCAAUACUACGGAUAUCCCUACGGAUACGGAGGGGCUAAUGCGGGAGCGGGAUCGGCGUACGGGAACAUUUACGGCAGCGGCAUGUACGGAUAUCCCUACAGCUACGGCGGAUACCCAUACUACUCGUACCCCAGCUACAAUCCUUACUCGAUGUACGGUGGAGGAGGAGUUGGCGGAUAUGGACAGUACGGGUAUCCCUAUGGAGGAUAUCCCUACGGCGGCAACGGCAUGAACGUGGCCUACGCCAGCAGCAGUGGAGGAUUCGCCACAGCCAGUGCGGGCGGAAACGGAUACUACGGCUAA